GCACUUUUCUGCCCCGGGGGGCGGGGGGGGGGGAAUGUGCGGUGGGUGAACGUGCGGUGGCGGAGGGGGCUAACGCGGACCGUGGUGGUAAGCGCUUGAAAGGAAGGAAGGAGGCGAAAGGAAGCCAAGGGAAAGCAUCCGGCAAGGCGUCGCCGAAACUCCUUCACCCGCCCGCGUCUCUUUGCGCGGCCCCGGCGUGCGGGCGGGCGCAGGGAGUCCCGCUCCGGUCGGUAACUUCCCGCAGCCCGUCCCAGCGGCGGGGCCGCGACGCCGCCCGCGCCCGCCAUGGGGAGCGGCACCGGGAGCCGGGGGAAAACGGCGGCGGCGUUGGCCAAGAGACCCGGCUCCACCUGCCCCGCUCUCCGCUGCUGAACCCGCAACGCCGCCGAGGAGCCGCCCGCCUGGUGAGCAGCCAGCCCGGCAGCCCCACACCGCGCCCGCCCCGGGGCCUGCCCUCAGCACGCUCCCCCUCGGCCUUCUCCGCUCCUUUUCUCUGAGGGAAAAGCUCUGGGAGGCGGCGCGGCCUCCCCAGCGCCCAGAAAGUUUCGGGGAGCGUCCCCGCCCCGCCACGGGGCAGCGGAGAGAGGGGCCGGACCGGACCGGACCGGGUCGGGCCGGGGGAGCGGCGGUGGGUCCGUGGUGUUCCCCGAAGCAUCGCCCCCCGCUCCCUCCUUCUCUCCCCGCUUCCCUCCUUCCCUCCCCGCCGGCUGUUCCUGAGGAGUUACGGACCUGGAGGAGCAGAGCAAUAGAAUGACCUCUCCUGUGGACCCCCAGAUUAAACAGGCUUUAAGAAAGAAACCAUCAGAACGGACCCCGGAGGACUUAAAUACUAUCUAUUCUUUCCUUCAUGGCCUGGACAUCCUCUCCCAUUUCAGGGAACAUCAGCUAAGAAUAAUGUCAUCAAGUGCUCGCUAUGAGAGGUACAAGGGCAACCAAGUUCUCUUUUGCUCAGAAACUAUUGCAAGAUGCUGGUAUAUACUGCUUUCUGGAUCUGUGCUUAUGAAGGAUUCCAUGUUUUUACCACCUUGCAGUUUUGGCAAACAGUCUGGAGGAAAACGAGGAUGCGAAUGUAUCAUAUUGGAGCCUUCAGAAAUGAUUGUGGUGGAGAACUCCAAAGAGAAUGAGGAAAACAUCUUGCAAAGAGAAGUCCCCCUUCGGCAGUCCCGACGGAGGUUUCGGAAGAUCAACCAGCGGGGCGAGCGUCAGACCAUCACGGACAACGUGGAUGCCAGCAGUUACCUCUCGCUGCCAGCUGAUCUUACCAAGAUGCAUCUCACUGACAACCCUCAUCCCCAGGUGACUCACGUCCCCUCCAGUCAGUCUGGCUGUAGCAUUGCCAGUGAUUCUGGGAGCAGCAGCCUCUCUGAUAUUUAUCAGGCUACAGAAAGUGAGAUGGGAGAUGUUGAUUUAACAGGUCUUCCAGAAGCACCUGUAGACUCUGAAGAUGAAGAAGAAGAGGAGGAUGAAGAUAUUGACAGAACUUCAGAUCCACUUCUAGGACGGGAUGUUGUACGAGAGUGCCUUGAGAAAGAGCCUGCAGAUAAAACUGAUGAUGAUAUUGAGCAAUUGUUGGAAUUUAUGCAUCAACUCCCUGCCUUUGCAAACAUGACCAUGUCUGUGAGGAGAGAACUUUGCUCAGUGAUGAUAUUUGAAGUAGUAGAGCAAGCAGGAGCCAUCAUACUUGAAGACGGCCAGGAACUGGAUUCUUGGUAUGUUAUUUUAAAUGGCACAGUGGAAAUCACCUAUCCUGAUGGGAAGAGUGAGAAUCUCUGUAUGGGAAAUAGUUUUGGGAUUACUCCUUCUCUGGAGAAACAGUACAUGAAUGGAGUGGUCAGAACCAAAGUAGAUGAUUGCCAGUUUGUGUGUAUAGCCCAGCAAGAUUACUGGAGGAUUCUGAACCAUGUGGAAAAAAACACUCAUAAAGUGGAGGAAGAAGGAGAAAUUGUUAUGGUAAAGGAGCACAGGGAGCUGGAUCGCAGUGGAACCAGGAAAGGACACAUAGUUAUCAAGGCAACACCAGAGCGACUGAUCAUGCACUUGAUAGAAGAACAUUCUAUUGUGGAUCCAACCUACAUUGAGGAUUUCCUUCUGACAUACAGAACAUUUCUAACCAGCCCCCUGGAAGUUGGAAAUAAACUCUUGGAAUGGUUCACAGUGGACAGCCUCAGGGAUAAGGUUACCAGAGUGGUCUUGCUGUGGGUGAACAAUCAUUUUAAUGACUUUGAGGGAGAUCUUGCUAUGACUCGAUUUCUGGAAGAGUUUGAAAAGAACUUGGAAGAUACGAAAAUGAAAGGGCAUCUCAGAUUGCUGAAUAUUGCCUGUGCUGCCAAAGCAAAAUGGAGACAAAUUACCCUGCAAAAACCUUCUAGGGAUUCCCCACUGUUUUUCAGCCUCCUUGGAGGAAGUGACAAGGGGUUUGGUAUUUUUGUGGAGACUGUGGAAGCAGGCAGUAAAGCAGCAGAAGCUGGUCUCAAGCGUGGUGAUCAGAUAAUGGAGGUAAAUGGACAGAAUUUUGAGAACAUCACCUUUGUAAAAGCUCUGGAAAUCUUAAGGAACAACACUCACCUCUCCAUCACUGUGAAAACUAACAUUUUUGUGUUUAAGGAGCUGCUCUGCAGGAUAGGCCAAGAGAAGAAUGGAAUUCCACAUAUUCCAAAAAUUGCAGAAAAGAAAAACAACCGUUAUUCCAUCCCAGAUAUGCCUGGAGAUGUGGAACAGAUGUUUCCUCGUGAGAAAGGAAACAAGAAAAUGAAAGCAAACACAGUCUCUGGUGGGAGAAACAGAAUCAGGAAGAUUUUAGACAAGACUCGAUUCAGCAUCUUGCCUCCAAAACUCUUCAGUGAUGGCAGCGUGAGCCAGUCACAGGACGACAGCAUCGUGGGGACUCGGCAGUGCAGACACAGCUUGGCCAUCAUGCCAAUUCCAGGAACCCUCUCAUCCAGCAGCCCUGACCUCUUGCAGCCCACAACAAGCAUUCUGGAUUUCUCUAAUCCUUCAGCUGUUGGGUUUUACUAUAUUCCGGAUCAAGUGAUCCGAGUUUUCAAAGCGGAUCAGCAGAGCUGUUACAUUAUCAUCAGCAAAGACACCACAGCAAAGGAGGUGGUGAGCCAUGCUGUCCACGAAUUCAACCUGACAGGAGCCCCAGAGACCUAUUCCCUCUGUGAGGUGUCUGUCAGCCCCGAGGGGGUCAUCAAGCAGCGCCGGCUCCCUGACCAGUUCUCCAAACUGGCCGACAGGAUUCAGCUCAAUGGACGGUAUUAUCUAAAAAACAACAUGGAGACAGAGACCUUGUGCUCAGAUGAGGAUGCUCAGGAGCUCCUGAGAGAGAGCCAAAUUUCCCUGCUCCAGCUGAGCACCAUCGAGGUGGCCACUCAGCUUUCCAUGAGGGACUUCGAGUUGUUCCGCAACAUCGAGCCCACGGAAUACAUCGAUGACCUCUACAAGCUGGACUCCAAGACAGGCAAUGCUCACCUGAAACAGUUUGAGGAUGUCAUCAAUCAAGAGACUUUCUGGGUUGCCAUGGAAAUUUUAGCAGAGCCCAACCAGCUCAAAAGAAUGAAGAUAAUUAAGCAUUUCAUUAAGAUCGCCCUCCACUGCCGAGAAUGCAAGAAUUUCAACUCCAUGUUCGCUGUGAUAAGUGGGUUAAAUCUAGCACCAGUAGCACGGCUCAGAGGCACUUGGGAGAAGUUACCCAGCAAGUAUGAAAAGCACCUGAGAGACCUCCAGGAUCUUUUUGAUCCGUCCCGAAACAUGGCAAAAUAUCGCAACAUCCUCAGCAGCCAGAGCAUGCAGCCUCCAAUUAUCCCACUUUUUCCUGUUGUCAAGAAGGAUAUCACAUUUCUGCACGAAGGAAAUGACUCAAAAGUGGAUGGGCUGGUAAAUUUUGAGAAACUCCGGAUGAUUGCCAAAGAAAUUCGCCAAGUGAUCCGAAUGACCUCAGCAAACAUGGAUCCAGCUGUGAUGUUCAGACAAAGGAAGAAGAGGUGGAGAAGUUUGGGAUCUCUCAGCCAGGGCAGCACCAACUCAAACAUGCUGGAUGUACAGGGAGGUGCCCACAAAAAACGUGCCCGACGCAGCUCUCUUCUGAAUGCCAAGAAGCUGUAUGAGGAUGCCCAGAUGGCCAGGAAGGUGAAGCAGUACCUGUCCAACCUCAACGUGGAGACAGAUGAAGAAAAAAUCCAAAUAUUGUCACUUCAGUGUGAGCCUGCAUACAGCACCUUGACAAAGAAUUUAAGUGAGAGAAGAGGAGGAAAAUCCUCAGAAAUGUCUCCAGUACCCAUGAGAUCCAUUGGCCAAAGCACUAAAGCCCAUCAGCAUCAACAGAACAGGAUGAGUCAAGUUCUGCAGGUUCCCACUGUGAAUUUAUACCCCAGCAGGAAAAAGGGAGUGACAAAGGAUCACGUCACAUUCAGUACAGGCUCCCCACAGAAGUCAUUAAGCUUGUCUGAGGAAGUAAGUAGUAAGAAGCAAACAGAUGACACCAUGUCCAUGGCAUCUUCUUUGCACUCCAGCCCCCCUGCCUCUCCUCAGGGCUCUCCACGCAAAGUUGGUAACAUCCAGAGGUCGGAUAACUGUGGUCAGAUGAAUCUCUCUGGCUCUUCCUCAUCCCUUGCCAGUGAAGCCAGCAACAAGAACAGUGGACCACGCAGCUAUGGAAUAGGCUACGCCCUCAUCCUUCCACAAAAUCUGACAACUUCUCUGACUCCAGUCACAGUGAGAUUUCAUCCAGGUCCAGCAUCGUCAGCAACUGCUCCGUGGACUCCAUGUCAGCAGCUCUGCAGGAUGAGAGGAGUUUGUCCCAGUCUCUUAUUGUGGUGGAUUCAGGAGGAGCAGAGAGAAAAGAGCAUCCUCAGCCACUGGCUGAUUAUGGCCAGCCAUGCCCAGGCUGGUCAAUCACCAGGCCUGCUCUCAUCAGAGGGAUGGCUUUCACUUCCUCCAUGAGCAACGAGGAGAUCUCCCACGACCACAUCACAGUGGAAGCUGCAGACAGCGGCCGGGGAAGCUGGACUUCAUGCUCAAGUAGUUCCCAUGACAACUUCCAGAACAUCCCAAACCAGAAGAGCUGGGAUCUCCUCAAUUCUUACCGGCACACCCAGCUGGAUGGACCUAUAGCUGAAGUGGAUCCCACAAGUUGUUACUCUGAGGAAGGUUAUUUGUAUUCUGAAGCCUUUUCCAAAGCCAACAGGCAGUCGAAAGCCAGCGUGGAGCUGGAUCAGUCUCGGCAGAGCUGGGCCUCCUCCAGCUCCCUGUCUGACACCUAUGAAACAAACUAUGGGACAAUAAAACGGAGGGGGCUGGAGAACUCUGCAGCAGAGCAGACAGAGGUUUUGGACUCUAAACCAGGGGCUGAUACAACUUACAAAACUGUUACUUCAAGUACAGAAAAAGGCCUGAUAGUGUACUGUGUCACCUCACCUAAGAAGGACGAUAGGUAUAGGGAGCCACCGCCCACCCCUCCGGGAAUAUUUGGGGAUUUCUUUAGCCGACAUAAAAGAAGGAUCGCCCACCACCACACCUAAAACCUCCAGACUAUAGUGUGGCAGUGCAGAGGUCAAAGAUGCUUCCCAGUGACCUCUCCUAGACUUUCAUCAGCUCCUCCUGGUAGUGACCUGGUGCCUCUAUCUCCUCGAAGAUGCCUCAGUGGCAUAGUCGGCAGCCGUCCAGCCCCAAGCUAGCAGACAUGCCUGACGCAGAUAGUGAAGAGGAUGAAGAUGAACAAGUCUCAGCAGUCUAAGCCUCGGGUUAUUUCUGUCAAACCACUUCACAAAGGAUGUGGGGAGAAGGACCAGACAAUUCUGUUAGCAAAUGCGUAACACCUUGCUGCUACUAAACCUCAGAUUAUUGCGUUGCCUCUUGUCCACGGAUGAGUGGAACGGGUUGGAUCACAUCUCUCUCCCUUCCUUUCACUCUGCCACCACCUAAGAAAGCUACUUCUGCUUUCUGUGAAAUACAAAACUGUUCUCAAGGAGGUCUGGAUCCCAACACUGGUGUUGUCUGGGGAUGGACCAGGCUUGUGCAUUUGGGAGGACCCCUUGUCACCACCACUCAGAAUUCGGAAGCGUUCUUCUCCACCAUCCCAUAGAACCCUUGGGUAGUUUUCCAUCAUUGUUGUUUUCUACAUGCCCAUUACAAGUCUAAGAGUGUUAUUUUAUGAACUUGGAAAAAAAAAAAAUAUAUAUAUCAAAUGUCAGCAAAAGCAAAGGACAUUGCUGAAGUAUCAGAAAAUAAUUUAUUAAUUUAAUGUUGUUUUUUUUAAAUGGGAAUUUCCUUUAUUUGUGUUGGCAGUGCUCUGGCUGGCUAAAUGCUUAGUCACAUGUGAUAGUAAACCAGCUACACCUAAACUGCUGUGCUCUCAAAAUAGACACAAAAUUAGGAAUUACAUUGAUUUAGAGUGGCUUUCAGUGAAAUAUAAACAGAGCACAAAAACCCUGCUUGGCUGCUGCUCCCCUCCUACCCAAACCCCAGCACAACUCCUCCACCCUGGAAGGAUUUUUGGAAAAUUUUGUAGCUUGCAGCCAACUAAGUGAUGGUUGGUGCUCUCCUCCCCUGGCAGGUGAGUGCAGUGGAGGAGCCAGAGCACUUGGGGAGCUGUUGGAGGAGUUGGAAGCUUUCCCCCAAAAAAGCCUGAAGCAGAUUUUUGCCCUGCAGAGCUCAGCAUGCAAAGUGUGUUGCUGGAAACCAAAGCUUCAACUCGUGUGUUGUGGGAUUUCAGAUCAUCCCACACCUUCUGGCCUCUUACCAGAGAUGCACAGGAUUUAGGGUGCAAGGUUAUCUUAAAAAAAAUAAUUUAAAAAAAUUAGAAUUAAUGAUAGAUCACCUUCAUUUAACAGUGAAAUUUGUGCAGCUGAAUAUUAAAUGCCAUAAUGCUUUGUGUAAGGUUAUAAUGUGUCUUGUGAUGGGUUAAAAAACCCCUGUUGCCUUCAGCUGGAAGAUACAGAUGAUCUCAAAACAUGUUUAAAUCCCAAAUAAAACUCCCAGGGGUGUUGAUGCCAGUGAGAGUUCUGCCCUACACCCAACCAGUAUUAACAUGUGAUCCUCCAGUUUGACUGUGGUCAAAGAACUGGGUUGAUUUUGCUUAGCCAGCCAGAGCUCAGAGGGGUAAAACUGGAAAUACCUGCAGUUUCUUUCUUCUUUCUUUCUUCUAGCCCAUGAUGCCCCAUUCUAGUGUUAAAAUUGGACAUGAAUGUGUGAAUAUGUAUUUAAACAUUUAAUUGUAAAUCUUCGUUGUGAUGUUUACAGCCUAAGCUAGAAAGAUGUUUGUCAUUUUUUACAGUGCCUCAGAAAUGAUUUCUCUCUCCAUAGUUGUGAAGAGCUUUAAGGGUUUGGUUUUUUGGUUUUUUUGGUUUUUUUUAGUUUUUCCUGGAUGUGUGCAGGGGGGUGCAGGGUGAAUGCAGCAUUUUCUGAAAACUACACAAAGUACCAAAAAACAACCCAAAAGCCUUUGAUGUGCUUUUCCCGUGGCAGCUUGGAACUGAUGACCCAGCUUGGGUCUGCAUUCAGAGUGGUGCCAGGUUCAAGAUUCCUGGGUGGCUCAGACUUGACCCAUCCUGAUUUUGGGAUUGGGAAGGCAGAAAGGAGCAGCAGUGCUGAGGAAGGGAAUCCUCACUCCUAAGUAAGUAGUUGGCUGGAUGAACUUUUGGCACAGGUAUCUGCAGAGCCAAGUGGUUGGGGGGAAAAAAAAUAAUUAAAAACCAGUCGUGGUAUAUCCAUAAUAAAUACAUUUUGCUUUAUUUGAGGCCUUAAUAUGAAUUUAAUGAACCUGCACAGGCCUUAAUGAACCAAGAUUAAUGUCAGUGUCAAAGCAAUGCAAGGCAAAGUGAUUCUUUGCAGCACGUGGAAUGCUGACAAUUGAUGCUUCUUUGGGAUGGAAAUCCCAGUCCCAGCAAUCCCACCAUCAGCUGCAGUUGCUUGGUGACUUCUCCAUGGAGCAUGCAAUGAGCUUGGUGUUUCAUCAGCAAAACUCAUCUUGUGUUGUGCCAGGUCAGUUGAAUCCCACAGUUCCCCUCCCCUCAGCUGCUGAGUUGGGGUUUAUUUUUCAGCCUGUUGAACAAAAGUACAUAAGGGAUGAAGGGCUGGUAGGAAAGUGACAUCCUUUUUCCCCCAAAAAACCCGAGUGCUGUCUUGGAGGAUGUGGGAAGGCUCUUCCAGGGGUUAAGGUCUCCUCUGGCAGCUUGGGAAGAGCAGUUGAAGAAAUCACGCAUCCACCCGUGGUGUUCACACAUCAGCAGCAUCCAUCUGUCCCACAGGGCUUUUCAGGAGACUUUUUUGGAGUCCCAAAAGUCCAUAAACUUUAUUGGAGUGAGUGAAAAAUCUUCACUGAUCAUCUUUUCCUACUAUAUCCAAUACAGUUGGUGUAAAUAAAUAAUGCAUAAAGUACAGACAAAUGAGCUCUCCUCCUCCUUUUUGCUUCUCCUGCCUCUCACAGUGUGGCUUCUCUGCUGCUCCCUGCUGGGAUUUUCUUUUUCUUUGUUUUUAAACACCUGAUCACAUUGAUCAGGGCCCCUAGCUAAAUGUAGUGUGUCUGGUAUGGAUUUGAAGAGACGUUAUCCCUUUUUUCAGUCAUCCAGGUGGAAUGAAGGGUGGUGCUUAGUGUAGUCUCCUGGAUCCCUGGUUCCUGACUUGGUACCCCCAACUUGGCUGAGCAGUUAAAAUGCCUCCCAUCACCUCCUCCCACUGCAGGAGCUCAGGUUGCUCAAUUGCUGCUUGAUGUUUGCUCUGGACUUGUGGAUGAAGGAUGUGUUGGAGCUGGCUGUGAAUGAACCCUACAGGAUUUCAUGAGGCUUCAUAAAUCAUAAACUUCCAGCUGGCUCCCAAAAGAGCAGUGAGGCUUCCAGGUUGGAGUUAGAAGAUCUCUGAGGUCUCUUCCAGCCUGGGCCAUUCUGUGAUCCUGUGAAUUGGCCUCUCCAGUUGCAGAAGGGGAAAAAAAAUGAGCUGGCUGAGGAUGGGUUUCACCCAGCAAAUACCCAAAAUCAGGGCCAGGGGGUGGCUGCAGGUGUUUGAAGUUUUAGCAGCGUGGCCGUGCAGGACCGGGUGGGUGUUUGCAGAGAGCAUCUUCCUGCUCUGCUGCCUCCUUCCUCCUCCUUCCCAAGGACUUUCAGAGGUGAGUGAAACUUCCCUGGGAAGUGGGCAGAGUGGGGAUGGGAUGUCCUGGGGGCUGCCUGCCCCCCUGAGCCUCUCAGGGUUGCCCCUUUUCAGAAGGAACCUGGGUGGCAUCAGUGCUGGUGCAAAACCUUUCAUCCCCUCCCAAGUCCUUCCCUGGACUUGGGAAACACCAACCUCCCACUGGAGUUUUUAUAAAAAUGUUUGGCUCAGAAUUUAUUUUUUUUUCUUCCAAAACUAAAACCUGCCACUGCCUUUGCAAAAGCUGCAGAAAAAAGGGAUACUUUCUCUUUAGAAAAGCUUUACACAUUAUAUUUUAGAGUGCUUGUAUAGAGGGUAAUCGACCUUAAAGUCCCCACCCAGCUUUUGGCUUCUGUUGUGCUUCUCAUUGUUUGUUUUUGUUUUGGUUUUUUCCUUUAUUUUGAUAUACCUGGAAUGCAGUUUAGCUUGGUAUUAAUGAAAAUUCUAAAUAUGUGAGCAUAUGGCAAAACUGCACAGAUGUAAUGAUAUUCCAAUAGCAAUGUACUGCACAAGUCAGUGAUUGUAAGUAUUCUGUAACAAGCAAUGUUUGUCUCCUAUUUUUUGAUACCUCUUACACUUAUGUCUUUUAGAAAGACAGUGCCUCUGUAUGCUUUUGUAUUUUUACUGAGUGAUUUGUAAAUAUUUGUUAUAUUUUGGUUAAGAGAAUGUUUAAAAGUACUGUUUAUUAUCCAAUCUAUUAAUAUGUUGGAAUCAAUAAACAAUCUACAUAUA